AUGGCCGCGACGUCUGGUCCUCUCUCCUCGGCUUCGACUUCUACGCCGUCUCCGGCAUUCUCCAGCUCCGGUACCCCCGGCUCUACCUCCCAGUCUUCAGGUACGCUUAUUGUGCCCUCAUUUAUUUCAACUUACAGCUCAUUUGGCGGUCCUUCGGUUGUCUCUUCUCUUCUCGCCACGUCCUCCGCCAACUUGCCUGUAGUGGUUGGGGGUUCUUGUGGUGGCGCGACCGGAACUGCGUCCUCUACGUUUCCAAACCUCAACAAAGCCUUCGUGGUGGGUCCUGGCUAUGCUCCAGUCCCGUAUAAGCUUGUUUCGAAAAUUACAGCAGGGCUUUUUGUAGACUUGGCUGACCUACUUCCGGACAAUAUCCGAGCUCAAGAAAUCGAAUCCCAAGCGUUUUUGGAGGGAAAACUGGUGGUAUCAGGGUCUAAGAAACGGGUCAUCGAAAUAGCAGACAUCGUCACCUGGAUAGAAGCCUCCACGAUCUUUUCUAUGAUUCUUUGCCACACCUUCCCCUCUCGCUUGAAAGAUUUAAAUCAGUACAAGUUACUCAUUAUUCAGACCGCAAGGCGCUUUUCUGACGAAUCGUGGCUCCACUACGACAUCGCCUUCAGAAAAGAAGCCACAGCCUCAGGUUCAACCGACUGGUCUGGCAUGCACCCAGACCUCUAUAAUUUUCACACCAGAUCUCCGGUUACCACUUCAGCUGCUUCAGGCUCCUCAACUUCCUCUGCCUCGUCACUAACAGAGCCUCUGGGGUCUUUAGGCAAUUCCCGGUCUAACCAGCAUUGCCACUCCUGGAACGAUGGGCGCUGUUGCUGGCCCUUUGGUCGCUGCCGGUUUCGUCACUCCUGUGAAUCGUGCCUCGGGGACCACCCCCGCAUUUACUGCCCUCACCGCUCCGCACGGAGAGAACGGUUCCGCUCCCCUUGUCCGUCAAAGGGGGGUUCACUGCCGUCGCUAGGCCACCUCUAGCUAAUUCAGCUGUAAAUAGUUUUGUUUCUGUUCACGUUGGUUCUCAUGGUAACUUUUCAGCGUUUGCGCUGCGUUCUCCUUUUGUUUUACCUUCUCAGCAGCAGGGUCUGCCAAGUUCCGGUUAUUCGUUGUGUUCUCCAGCUGUUUGUCCUUUAAGACCAGUUUCAUAGCUUACUCCUAUUAA